AUGGAUCUGGAGACCCUUGUUAAAGAGGCCCGGAUAACAGAAGCCAUGGUUAAAGAGUUGUCUGCCCAGGUGGAGGACGACGACCUCAUUAAAGAGACUGAGAUUCAGGACGCCAUCUUGAAAGAGUUGUCUGACCAGGAGCCCUUGAAAAAGCGACGGAGCCCUGAAGAGGCAGCAGAAGCAAAAGCUACAGCGGAGGAUCCAGCCAGCCCUGUGUUUGACUCCUGGUGGAUUGAUGGGGGACGCAACGGAUUGUGUCAGUACAAAUGCAAAUACGGUAAGAUACCUGUGCAUCGCGUUGGUUACGUGACCCCAGAUCCCAAAGGUUGCAGCUCCGUCCUCCUAGGAUUCCAGUAUGACAUGGGCAUCCCAGCCAUGACUCAGUGCUGUAACCAGCUGGACAGUUGCUAUGACACCUGUGGCUCCGACAAAAACCGCUGUGAUUCCAAGUACCGCUYGUGUCUCCAAGCUAUUUGCUCUGACCUGAAGAAGAGCCUGGGGCUUGUGUCAAAGGUCAAAGCCUGUGAGUCUGUAGCAGAUGCUCUGUACAACACAGUGUGGACGCUGGGAUGCAGAUCCUUCAUGAACAGCCAGAGGGAAGCAUGUCACUGUGAUGGAGAGGAGAGGGACGAGCUGUAGAGGACCAGGCUGGGACACUACACUACACAGCACUAGACCAACCUGGGACACUACCCAACACAACACAAGACCAACCUGGGACACUACCCAACACAACACAAGACCAACCUGGGACACUACCCAACACAACACAAGACCAACCUGGGAAGAGAGGGACUAGCUGUAGAGGACAUGCAUGUACAUAGGACAAUAUCCUCUUGCAAGAAUCAUCAAUAGAAAAGGUGUAAGAAGCCAUCAGUCACUUGCAUCAAAAUGAAGGAUAAAGAAAGGACAAGCACUCACUUGAUUCAGUUGAACUUCAAGUCAACAUGGAUUCACACUAUAUAGCCACUCCUAUUUGUCAUAUCUUUCAUCUGAGUCUGGAGAAAAAUAAUUGUCCUCAGAACUGGAGGGAAACCAAAGUAAUUCCGCCACCCAAGAAUGGUAAAGCAUCAUUUACUGGUUCUAACAGCUGACCAAUCAGCUUGCUGCCGACUCUUAGCAAACAA